AUGGUGAUUUUGGAAAAUCUGCAUCAUUCUCCAUUCACAGGGUACUCCAUGACAAAGCCUAAUAUGGUCUUCAAGUUGGAGCAAGGAUCAGCACCAUGGACAGUGGAGAAAUCUGCCAAGCAGAGACUUGCAGAGAAACCUUAUGAAUGCAAUGAGCACAGAAAAGCCUUUCACCAGCAAUUAUCUCUCAUGAGACCACAGAGACUCCACACAAGAAAAAAAUCUUAUGAAUGUAAUGAGUGUGGAAAAGAGUUUCUUCACAAGUCAAGCCUGAUCAUACAUAGGAGGGUCCACACAGGGGAGAAACUUUAUGAAUGCAGGGAGUGUGGAAAAGCUUUUUCUCAUAAGUCAAACAUGAAUGCACAUCAUAGAUUGCACACUGGAGAGAAACCUUAUGCAUGUAUUGAGUGUGGGAAAUGGUUUUGCUCUAAGCAACACCUCAUUGUACAUCAGAAAAUCCACACUGGGGAGAAACCUUAUGAAUGUAGAGAAUGUGGAAAAGGCUUUUCUGAUAAGUCACAGCUCCUUAGACAUCAGAGAAUCCACACAGGGGAAAAACCUUAUGAAUGUAGUGAGUGUGGAAAAGGCUUCUCUGAUAAGUCAAGCAUGAUCAUACAUCAGAGAAUCCACACUGGGGAGAAACCUUAUGAAUGUAGUGUGUGUGGAAAAGCUUUUAUUUGUAACUCACACCUCAUUACUCAUCAGAGAAUCCACACUGGGGAGAAACCUUAUGAAUGCAGGGAGUGUGGAAAAGCUUUUAUUUGUAAGUCACACCUCAUUACUCAUCAGAGAAUCCACACUGGGGAAAAACCUUAUGAAUGUAGUGAGUGUAGAAAAGCUUUUAUUCGUAAGUCACACCUCAUUACUCAUCAGAGAAUCCACACAGGGGAAAAACCUUAUGAAUGUAGUGAGUGUGGAAAAGGCUUCUCUGAUAAGUCAAGCAUGACUAUACAUCAGAGAAUCCACACUGGGGAAAAACCUUAUGAAUGUAGAGAGUGUGGAAAAGGCUUUUCUGAUAAGUCACACCUCCUUAGACACCAGAGAAUCCACACAGGGGAAAAACCUUAUGAAUGUAGUGAGUGUGGAAAAGCUUUUAUUUGUAACUCACACCUCAUUACUCAUCAGAGAAUCCACACAGGGGAGAAACCUUAUGAAUGUAGUGAGUGUGGAAAAGCUUUUAUUCGUAAGUCACACCUCAUUACUCAUCAGAGAAUCCACACUGGGGAAAAACCUUAUGAAUGUAGUGAGUGUGGAAAAGGCUUCUCUGAUAAGUCAAGCAUGAUCAUACAUCAGAGGGUCCACACUGGGGAAAAACCUUAUGAAUGUAAUGAGUGUGGGAAAGGCUUUCCUUGUAAGCCACACCUUAUUAGACAUCAAAGAAUUCACACUGGGCAGAAAAAACCUUAUGGAUGAAGUGAAUGUGGAAAGGGCUUUUCUAAUAUGGCACAACUCAUUAGGCAUCAGAGCGUCCACACAGGGGAAAAACCUUAUGAAUGUAGAGAGUGUGGAAAAGCUUGUUCUCAGAAGUCACACCUAAUCAGACAUCAGAGGGUCCACACAGGGGAGAAACCUGAAGAAUGCAGUGUGUAUCUUCAAGCCUUUACUUACGAGACAGGUUUCAUUUGA